CAUCAGCUAGAAGUGCUUGAUCUUGGAUACAAUAAAAUUGAAUCUAUUACCGAAGAGACGAUCUGUCAUUUAAAUUCUCUAAAAAUUCUCAACCUUACACACAAUGAUUUAACUUCCAUCAUACCUGAUUCAAACGGUACCAAUAAGCUUCAAGAAUUCUGUGCUGGUGAUCUUUCGGAAUUAGAAGCUUCUCACAAUAAGAUAGAGUUAAUUACUAGGCUGGACCUUCAGAAAUUCAAGAACCUUCGUAUUCUAAGAUUAGCUCAUAACAAUAUCAUACACGUGGAUGGCGAUAUAUUCACAAAUUAUGAAAAGAUUCAAAUCAUAGAUUUUUCUCAUAACGAAUUACUGAAUAUUCCAUCAAUGCUAUUUCAGGAUUCUCCAGAUAUUCGAGCACUGUAUUUACAGAAUAAUUCCAUAACUAGUUUAGCUCCUGGAUUAUUCAACGGUUUACAACAGCUUGUAGUUUUGAAUCUGACUUCAAACAAAAUUUCCAGUGAAUCCUUGGAACCUAAUACAUUUGUUGAUCUCAUUCGUUUAGUAGUACUUGAUAUAAGCCACAAUAAGCUGCGAUACAUAAACAGUACUUUAUUUCAGUCACAGUAUUCUCUACAAAUACUUUUUCUUUCUUAUAAUGAAAUUUAUAUGAUUGCAGACAAUUCUUUCUCAUCAUUAUUUAACCUGCAUACUCUGGAUCUGAGUCACAAUAGUUUGAAAUACUUAGAUAUGUUUACUUUAAAUGGUUUGUAUGUGAUUAGUAAUCUCCGACUGUCAUUUAAUAGCAUUUAUAGUAUACAUCCAGAUGCUUUCAAAAACUGUAGUAGUUUGCAGGAUCUCACGCUUCAGGGUAAUAAUUUAAGUUAUGUUCCAACAGCUUUACGAUCGCUGCAGUUCCUGAAGACUCUUGACAUCAGUAAUAAUAGUAUGUACGGCUUGAAUAAUUCAUCUUUUCAAGAACUGAAACAACUUCGGCAGCUCAACCUUGCUCUGAAUCAAAUUGGUAACUUGACUAGAGGCAUUUUCAAACACGUGCCUGUUCUGAAAAUUUUAGAUAUGUCUAAGAAUCAAAUUCAAAGGCUAGAACACGGAAUUUUCGAUGAUAUGGAAGGUCUAAACGAAAUUAAUUUAAGUGAAAACCGACUUGCGGAUAUCAAUGGAUUAUUUAUGAAUUUAAAGAGUCUUAUUUCUGUAAAUGUUUCUAAAAACAAAAUUAUUUGGUUCGAUUAUGCUGUAAUACCUGUAGAAUUAGAGCACUUAGAUCUUCAUGAGAAUGAAAUUAAAACCUUAAGUAAUUACUACGAAUUAGAAGCAACGCUUCAGCUUCUCUCAUUAGACGCCUCUUUUAACUUAAUUUCCAGCGUCAAAAGUGAGUCAUUCCCUAACAGUAUAGAAACAUUAAAAAUCAAUAACAACCGUAUAAGCACUAUACAUCCAUUUACCUUCGCAGCUAAAGAUAAUCUUAGCUUUGUUAAUAUGGCGAAUAACAACAUUGAAAGUAUUGACAUAAAUACUCUACGUUUAAAUUCUCGAGCAAUGAAAAUGCCGUUACCCAAGUUUGUCAUUUCGGGUAAUCCUUUCUUUUGUGAUUGUAACAUGGAAUGGCUACAACAUAUGAAUAAAUUAGAUGGAAUGACACAGUAUCCUCAUAUACUUGAUAUGGAAAAAGUUAUGUGCAAACUGCCGUUUAUUCGCCAUGGUACAUUUCUACCAUUAUCUAAAACAAAACCAUCGGAUUUUCUAUGUAAAUACCGAAGUCAUUGUUUUGCCUUAUGCCACUGCUGUGAAUUUGAUGCCUGUGACUGCGAAAUGGUUUGCCCUGAAAAUUGCACUUGUUACUCUGAUCAGACCUGGAAUACAAAUAUUGUUGACUGCAGCUCACAGAACUUCACUUCAAUGCCAUCAGUUAUUCCCAUGGAUGUUACCGAUCUGUUUCUUGAUAGCAAUAAUAUAUUUCAGCUGACUAGUCAUACAUUUAUAGGAAGAAAAAAUAUGAGGGUUAUAUAUUUAAAUAAUAGUAAUAUCCACGUUAUUAACAAUCGAACAUUUAACGGAUUGUUAGCAUUACAAAUUCUUCAUUUAGAAAACAACGAAUUGACCGCAUUGUAUGGCUAUGAAUUUGAAACCUUAGUUCAUUUAGAAGAACUAUAUCUUUCAGAUAACAAAAUAAGACAUAUAGCAAAUACUACUUUUCAGAACUUAAAAUCACUAUCAAAACUGAAGUUAGAUCAUAACCUCAUAUCUGAAUUUCAGGUUUGGAAUUUAAAAUUGAAUGUAAAAUUGAAAAGUGUUUAUUUGGGUCAUAAUCCUUGGACUUGUAAUUGCGAUUAUUUAGAGAUAUAUCACGACUGGCUUCGCAGAGCUUCAUCUGUGGUACAAGAUAUGGACUCAAUUCAGUGCCAUCAUAAUCAGUCUGUUGGACCUUAUCUAAUUGAAUUCAAUAUGUCCUCCUGUUCUAACUACAGCUCGAUAACUUAUUUCCAAGCAGUUUUCCAAACUGAUUACAUGCCUCUCAUUAUAAUCAUACCCAUUCUUCUGCUGGUGCUACUUCUGUCAUUAACACUCGUUUGUGUGUAUCGCAAAGAACUGAGAUUAUGGCUGUAUACUAAAUAUGGCAUUCGACUGUUUGAGAGAAACAGAUUUCCGCCAGAAGCAGAAAAACUGUUUGAUGCUUUUGUAUCUUAUAGUAAGAAAGAUGAGAAUUUCGUUGCCCAGUGUUUGGUUCCAGAACUGGAAUGUGGUGCUCCAUCGUACCGAUUGUGUUUGCGAUAUAGAGACCUCCCUAUGUCGGGGAACGUCGCAGAAGCUAUUACUGAAGCUAUAGAAUGCAGCCACAGAACUAUAAUUGUAUUAUCAGAGCCGUUUCUAAAAAGUGAAUGGUGUCGUUUUGAACUAAAAAGUGCCUAUCGUGAGUCCCAAUAUAACCGCAAGCACAAGUUAGCCGUUGUUGUUAUGGACAAAAUGUCUUUCAAAUUAAUAGACUCAGACGCAAAAAUAUGCUUUCGCAGUGCGCCUAUGAUACGCUGGGGAGAUAAGAGGUUUUGGGAAAAACUCAGGUAUGCUAUCCCUAGUGCACAAGAUCGACAUACAUUAACUCCAAAAAUGAAAUUCCUGCGGCACAGUGUUCCCAGUUCAAAUAAUAUUAAAUUAGUGUGAUGAAUGAUUUCGAAGAUGUUCGUAUACAAUAAAUUGAUUUCUUUUUAUGCAUAAGCUGAUCGGCAUUGAAAGCGCUGCAUUAUGCACAAGGAAUGGAUGUAGUCAGUGAAAAGUCAACGAGAGAGAUAAUCAGGUAAAGCAUAAAUAACUGGCUUGAAAAUUCCGCGAAAAAUCCUUUUAAUAUGUAGUGAAACAGCUUUUUCGCAUUAAUGUAGGUUUUAUCACCAUAAUAACUUGUGAAGAGCUGAAAGUUAUCUUACUGACUGCAAAUGUAAUUUGCUUCUGGCGAAAGAGGCAAAUUACUACAACCUUCCUUGAAAAUGAGUCACUGAAAAAUGUUUUGCAAGUUACUUGCUAUCAAUCCUUAUGUAUUAGAAGACUGAAAGAUGUGAAUACCUAGAACUUCAAAGAAUAGUCCGAAUGGCUUCAGAUGUACUAUACAAAUAACUAAAUUGAAAUUGAAAAUGGUAUACCGAUGGAAGGUGGUAGUAACAACUUUCACCGUUAUUUUAACUGCCUUCUAGAAUGUCUUGCCAUCUCUCUUGUUAUGCGUACUAAAUGUGAUCAUUGUCAUAGAUUAUGGCAUUUCAAAGGAGGACUAACUAUUAGGCCAACUGACAGUGCUCGAGCACCAAAGCUGCAUGUGUUUAAUCCGGCAUCUUUUCGAAGAUGAAUAUGCUGCCAUUAUUAUAUUUUGUAGAAUAUUUGUAGCUUCAGUAAACAAAAUGUAAUGCUAUUUCUAAUCGUUUGGGUUCAGCCAUUAGUCUAGUCCUGCCCCUAAUGCAUGUUGAAGAUUCCGUGUGUCAGUUACUAAGUGUCGAGUGAUCAGUACUAUAGUCGUUAUGAAACCAGAUGCUAGGAAAGAUGUAAGCCGAAAGAGACGUGUUUCUGAUAAUGUCAUCUUUCUUCAGUGGUUGUGAAUCAUAUUGCCUUCUGUGAUUUUGAAUUUUAUUUCCCUUUCAUAGUUUUUAGAUUGUUGAUACGUUUGACGACGUUAUCGGUGAGCCAUUCUCGGAAACUUUUGUUGGCGAUUUCAUUAUGAAGAUUUUAAUUUCCCAGUACACAUUUUGCCAAUUUAUUUCAUAUUGAAAUUUUUAGUGCAUUUUUGUGGAAACUCAAACAUUGAAUCCAAAAUUUAUCCUGCGUCCACAUUCUAAUUUUGAAGCAAAGCUGUCCCUUCUUUUAAGUGGGGCAAUAUCAGCGUCAAAGUUUGUAUAUAUAUGUAGUUUUCUUUUGUUCCUGUACAUUCAGUCUGUCAUUCGGCUGUGUCAUCUCUCGUCUAAAAUUCUUCGAUAAUAACAUUCGGAUAAGUAACAUGAAAUAAAAAAUAUGCUUCCAGUGUUAUCUUAUCUAAUCAACAUGUCAGAAGCCAAUGGUAGCGUGGAAUUCUGAUUUCAUUUAAAUAGGGGCAGCCUACAUAUUUUGUUUUACAUCAUUAUACAUUACUAGCAUCUUUUUUCAGAAAACAAGAUACAUAAAUAACAGCAUAAUUGUUUUCGACCUUUAAUAAAUUUUGAAUUAACAGUUCUCAAUCGAUAGCUAAAAAAUUGUAACUCUAAAUAUCGAUUACCUCUUUUUUGCUUAAUAUAGCUUUAAUUUUUCAACGAGUCAAGCUAAUUCCUUUUAAAUGUUUGUUUCAUACCUGAAAUUCUAUGUCAAGCUCUUUUUUUUAAGCAAACUCUUAAAACAAAAUACGUCAGGUGUAGCUGUGAAAAAAACAUUUUUCUUGUGCUAAUGAUGUAUUCAUAAAAAAUGCGUGUAAACCAGUAUUUUUUUUUUAAUUAGAAGAAAAUGUUUUCAACAAACUGCUGAUUUAUAUUUUAUAUGUUUUCAUCGAUUUAGAUGCGUGUUGAUUAGUUUGGGAUAUAUUGGAGGUUUAUUUUACUUCUCUUUUGUGCACUGAAAUGUUAGUUUGAGGAAAAAAGUUGAUUUUUAACAAUAUAAUGAACAGUUUUUAUUAUAUUUCAUAUGCCUGCCAUGCAUUGUUCUUGAUAUUUCAAAUGUAAAAACAUUAUGAUGGAUCUUGUACGUGUAUUUAGUCAUUGUCGUUUUUCUUCUACGAGACACUUUUUCUAUGUGAAAAGAAAGAAAUGUUUUGCAUCAUAAAUUAUUAUGUAAAUCUGCCAAAAAUACUUCUUAAAAAAGUUUUUAAUAUUGUAUUAAUUAUUCAGCUACCAUCAUUACUUUUGACUAACAGCAUGUUUUCCUAUAGUGUAUUUUCUAAUGUCUUUUUUGUAAUUACUGUACAGAGCAUUCCUUCAAUGAAAUAAUUCAGUUUCAUUUUUAUAUGCUGACUCUCUGAGAGACUUGUAUUUUAAAAGACUGGAAAUACUAUUUUAUUUCGAAUUUCAUACCUAAGUAUACAGUAAAGUGAUCUUUUAUCUAGGUGUAUUCAGAAAUAUAGUGUUUAAAAUUACAUAUUUGUUGUCUUUUUAUGUAUUUAAAAAAACUGUAAAUAUAUUGAAAGGUAAUUUUUGCGGAUUUAAGAUUCAGAUCUGGAAUAUUUAUUCUGACAGUCUAGGCUAGAUUGUAAAAUAUUGUGUGGAUGCACUUAAGCAGAUUGUACAUUUUGUAUAUAUGAAGAAAGCAGUUAAUUGAAAUCCUUAUUAAAAAUAUGCUUUUUAAUUAAAUUUCUGCGUGUCUAUAACGGUGAAAUUCCAUUUAUUCAUAGCAAAUGUCGGCGGAAAUAUUCGUGAAAAGGCUAACUUCCCGGAAAUAUAAAUUAUUAUCCGUGAAUGAAUAUGCAAGGGCAGAUGUUAAAAAAGUGUAAAAUAAUUAUGAAAUCAGUCACGCUUGCGUGAAUCUCAUAUUACGUUUUUAUACUAAGUAUUCUUGUAGAAAUUUGCCAAUCAUGAACAUAUUGGUAUACCUUGUCAAAUUAAUUGUUGUUGUUGUUGUGACGUAUGUCACUGUAAGUAACAUCAGAACAAGCCCAUGACAUUCAUCGUGGCAAAGAGUGCAAGAUUGUUCAUGUUGUUGGCAAUAGCCUUGAGCAGCAUUCAGGAGACAGUACGACUUUGCUCAGUUCCGUCCCCAAUUUUGAUGGAGAGCACUUCGGGGGGGAACGUGUCUAAGGGUCUUCCACCUCUCUUCCCCUACCCCUAACCUUUCGAGAGGACUUUCGGCUCGCCGCAUAUUUAGAGUGCCCCCAUGCCAUACAGACACUAUGCCUAGACACACAGACACUAUACACACAUUUACGGGCAUCUAUGCCUUCUCCCAAAUUCGAACCCGGACCUUUUGUAUAGCAAUCAGCGUCGUUAACCACUAUCCCGACUGGGCAGCAAAUUAAUUCUUAGGUGAUACUAACAAACGAUUAAACAAAAUCCCUGCCUUUCCGAGAUUUCAGUAUUCUUACUUCUCUUGUGUACUGACAUAUUUAGGAGCAUUAUCAUCUCUUACAUGAAUAAGUCACAUAUUACAUGAAUAAUCUUUUUUUACUAAAAUUUUGAUAGUUCUCGUCUUUAUCACGUCAUUGCCACGAAUUAAUUUCUGAUAAGUCGUACAUUCUGUACAUCUUCCGUAAGCAACAGUUUCAUUUCCAUCAUUCACUAACAUCUGUUUUGCUGUAAUUUUACUAGCUUCCUAUGGUCGGAAGUGUUAACGUUCAAUAGCUGUGAGCGUACCGGUGUAACAACUGCUGUAAACGAUUCGGAUUCUCAUAAAUUUUUGUUUCUUUUUAUCAUAUCUUAUAGUACGGCCCUUUUUCUUUUCCAAAAAGGUUACUUCAAAUUAGUUGAUGCCUUUUUCCACUUGAGCAGCAGUCAAAAAUUCAAAAAACAUUUGUUUGUGAUUUGCUGAUUCUAUGUUGUUAAGUGCAACCAAAAUACAAUCAUUAAGAAUUUGGAUAAAUGGUGCUUCACUGUGUCACAUUUCUGUGUAUAGUAAAAUUAGUUGUUUUAAUAACAUAAAUAGUUUAGUUGGCUAUCUCGAUCUGCAAUCAGUUUUAGUACAGGAUGUCUAAUAUCAGAUUAAGCAUUUUGGUACCUUUAUAAUACAUAAAUCGAGGAAUGAAAGUUGUUUUAAUGCUAAGUUAUAUUUCAUGGCAUGUAUUUAAGCAGUAACUGAUAAUAGUUAAAAUUUUCAUCAUAUAAUAAAUUCACAUCUUUGUCACUGAUAAAAGUAUUUUGAAAUGCAUGUGAAGUGAACCAGAUCCUUCUCAGAAUAUGAAAGGUUUAUGAGUUUUUGUUUUAUGCUAUAUCUUCGCAUGAUUAUUUUAUUUUUAAUUACAGGAUUUUAAAUUUCUGUAUGCAUCAGGCAUUCUGAAUGCAGUCGAUCCCGGUUAUUUUGAACACAGUGGGACAAUAAUAUUCACACCCGACUAAAUGGUUACCUAAAUUACGGAAAGCUUGUUUUCAAAUUUGAUGAAGAAAAAUCUUUGCAGCAAUGAUCAGUUAAAAAACACUUUCCCGAAUCUUUGUGAUCACGCAAUUUAUAUAAUUUAUUUACCUUUAUGCAUCAUAAUUUUUAGGCACUAAAAUUGUCAAAUGCUGGAAUGGGGCAUUUCUCCUGCUUAAUGAGAGCCCAAAGAAGCGAAGGAAAUAAUGACCAUUUUAAUGAACUGGGAAUUUUUUGAAAGCGAUUUCUCCCAAAUAAACAACUGCUUGAGGCUUUAUUAACUGGAUUCGAUUCUGUAAAUAGUAUUAAUUCCUUUUCUUCUCUUAUACAUAAACUGUCUAGUUUAUAUGUAUUAUAUUUUGAUAGCUACGUACCCAAUUAAUACAUAAUUUAUGCUAAUCAGAAACGCUUAUUAAUCAAAAACCCUAUUCAUUUAUACGUAUAGUUAAGUGGAAAAUACAUUUUAUACUGUUUCUUUAAUCUUUAGUGCGGAUUAAUGAACACAAUCACACAGGCAUUCUGUGUUAAGGAACUUCAUCAAUUCGAACGCUUAUGUAUGAUUGCCUGUGUUCGUUCUAUAUGAUGGAAUAGACGGAGACAGAUGAGGAUAACUGUAAACAAAUUAUAGAAGAGAUGACUUUCCAAGUCCAUUUAAGUAAAAUAAUUCAGAAAUUUAAGCCAUGAUAUUUACAAAUGCAUAGAAAUUAAGAAGCAGCAAAUUCCAAACUGACCAAGAAAUCCAUAAUAAUAAUAAUAAUAAUGCGCGUGAUUUAUUUCCGUGUGAUGGGACUAAAGUGGGGUUCACCAUAUGAUUUCGGAUUAUUAACUGACAGCAAAAGCAUCAUUUCGAUAGGAGGGUGACAGAAGCGAAGGAAAGAAAAGUGACUAUCAAUUGUGAAGGUUUUUUAAUGGGAUAGAAAAUUUACAUCCAUGCCUUCUCCGCCAUUCGAACUGCAGGCCCUUCGGUAUCACAGUCGGCUCCCUUAACCCGUAUAACAUCUGAGCGAAUGCAAUUGUGAAGAUUAAAAAGUCUUUUGCAAUAUUAUCUGAUGUUUAUCGCAAGUACUGGAGAAUUAUCUUAUAUAUCAUACGUAAAACAUCACGGCUAUAUUGAGGAUAGGCCUUCAAAACAUUCUUACCCAUUAUCUUAAUGAAUCAUCUUACCUUGCAUUGGAAAUAUCAGCUAUACUGAGAUCAGAUUUUUUAAAAGAGAUAUUACCUGUUAUCUUAAUGAACUUCCUUCCCAAUUAAUUUUAGCAUAAUUGCGAACUCCGCAGGUUAUGCACACAAUUUAUUGCUUAAAUUUAUUAAUUAUGUCUUGCAAUUUAUUAAUUAUGCCUAAGCUGCUUCAUAUGUGGAAUAACUCUGUCUCACACACACAUAUACUUAAAAAUAUAUAUUCACACACAUGCACAUUCAGCGGCCAAAAUAUUACAGAUGCAUAUUUUUAACAUGGACCAGUCUAUGAGUGACUUAUAGUGAUGUAAUAGCCAGGUGUUGCUUAUGUAAGGCACUAUCAGUUUGAGAAGAAAUAGUUAUCUCUUUGAUUAGAGGGAGAAUGGAAAAAACGAAAGAUGAAGUGAUCGUGGGUGCAUUACGAUUUUUUUCCAACGUCUCCGAAACGCAUAAUAUUCUAGGCUUUUCUUGUGUAUUUAAGAGUGGUAGCUGAACAAAAAGAAUUCAGGCAGGAAGGACAAUUGUGGUCUGAAAAUGCUAGUGUUCGAAAGCAGUAAGAGGUGGCUGUCACGAAACAGCGCCCCAACAGUAAGGCGACAACGUGGCGAAUUGUACCUCAACGCAUUUCAGGUGCAUAAUAAAGCAUAUUAGAAUGCACAACUCGAUACACUUUGUAACGGAAGAGUUUUUACAGCAGGAGACCUUCAGGGAUGCCUAUGCUGUCACUGAUGAACAGAAAAUCACAGUUAGUGGGGACCAAGGAACAUUAAAAUUGAACACCUGAUAGCGGGGAAACAGUAGUUUCACCUCAUGAAUCUCGUUUCUUGCUUCAUCAUGCAAAUGACACGAUUAGAAUAUGGUCCUAACUGAUGAAUUUACGCACGUCUGUUGCCUAAUAACAACUCUUCAGUGAUGACCGUCGAAUUAUGGUUUACAAAAUAUUUUCUUGGAUUUUAGUGACUCCUUUAAUGCGUCUAGAAAGAACUCUCAACACUACAACUUAUCUCAAUAUCAUUUCCGAUAACAUACGCUCGUUUAUGGCUCCCUGAUGCAUAAGAUCGUAUUCAACAAGACAAAGCGACCUGUCACCAUGCGCAAGUGAUCUCUUAAUUGGUCUGAUGAACGUAAUUCCAAGCUCAGAUUGCUUCCACAGCCAGCUUAGUCUUGUGAUAUCAAUCCUUAGCAUUUGUGAGACGAAUUAUGGAAAUCACAUCAAAGCGUGAAAACGCCAGUAUCCAAUAUGAAUGAAAUUAGAGCUGCAAUUAUGUCAGCGUGGACUAAUGUUCCUUAGGAACGUAUCAACGCCUUGUUCAAUUCAUACCCAGGAAAAUAUCAGCUGUGAUCAACGUUUUAUUAGAGAGUGUCUCUAAUGUUUUAGAUUCAUUCUGUAUACCCACGUGAGGUGUUUCAAAAAGGAUUGCACGACUAAAUAUCUUUUUUGAACAAUUGACCACAGACACAUUAUUCUGAUUUAAGAAAUGAAUUAAAUAAAAUAGGUUUCUGAAGCAAUUUUGGGUAUGCUGAUAUAUUUUAGUAAAAUACGAAAUGAAAAGUGAUUUCUUACGAAGAAAGUUUCAAUUAAUGAGUUGUUCUGUAUAAUAAAAAAUUUUCAGAACAAAAAAAAAAAAAAAAAAAAAAAAAAAAAAAAAACUGUAAAUCUGACGAUAAAAAAAAGUUAUUCAGAAUUACACGUUUGGAACUACACGAAAUUGUUUAUACGCAAAGAAUAGAAAGGCGAGGUCGCUGCUUUAGUGGCCACUAAAGCACUAAACUAACUAAUUAAGUGAAACUAAAUUUCAUUAAAUGCAAAAUUUCGAAUCAUACUACUCAUAAAUGGUAACUUGACAUCAGUGCUUCUGCAUUAACAAAGAACGUUUAAUUAAUAGUCCGUUUUUUAAUUCGCAGCAAAAAAAAAAAAAAAAAGACUUUAAUGGAAUUUUUUUAUGUUAAAAAAUUGGACUUUUGGAGAAAAGUUAACAUUAAUUUCUCUUUAAUAUAGUAUAUGCUUCCGAUAGAAAACAUUAUUUUCAACCUAUCGAAAAUUUCGUACUAUUGAAAUGCGAGGUUUUACUCUAUGUGUAUCACUAGAAACACUCAUUAAAGCUAUGCUAUCGCAAUAUUUGGCUUCGUACUGCAAACUUUUUAAAACAAAGGUGAUGUGAUAACGCUCUUGCUAAAUUAUACCGUUACAUGAUCUACGAGGCUCUAGUCUUCCGUGUGCUCACAUCAUUUUGAAUCGCGUCAUAAUUCGCAUCUUGCUCUUUUAGCAAAUAUAAACCCUUGCGCUACGUCAUUGGUAUCUCGGUUCUUGACUGUCCUUUUCGUUGUAUAUAUCUCAGAAAGCAUGUUUUGGGCGUUUAGUUGCUUUAUGAAAUCGUUGCAUUUACCGUUAGACCGUUAGUAAAGCUUAUUUAAAAAUUAGACGGUUUUUCUCAUCUAUUGGAUUACUUUGAACUAGUACUUUUUUUCCUAAAAUAAAAAGUACCAUAGGCCUGAUGGUGGAGGUCAGGAACUUUAAUCCCCCCCCCAAAAUGAAGUACGUAAAGCAGUGAUUUUUAACCAUUGUGCCACGAGAUUCUUAACGUGUGUCGUCAGAUUUCACGAAUGCAUAAAAUAAAAAUUACUUUGUAUGUACUCAGUGAAAAAAUUUUCUAUACUUUAACGUCACGUGACACCUCUCCGAAUACCCAUGCACAAGCGACAUCAGACAAGUAGUUCGAUCGGUUCAAGCAUCCUAGCAAAGACUGGCUGGACUGGCCUUCUCAUGUAAAUACGAUUUUUUUUGAUUGGGUUCGAAUCCAUUAGUGAUAAACGACACGUCGUAACUUUGAAAGAAGAGGAAAAACUCAUUUCGGCGUGUAAUGACCGAGAUUUAAUUUCAAAACAUUCAGACGGAUCAAUUAAUUCGUUUUGGGUUAAUUUUAGAUACGAUUUUCCGACAAUAUCACAAAAGACUUUAAGCAUGCUAUUACAAUUUUGUAUUUCUUAUUUGUGCGAAUUCGGAUUUUCGGCUUUGAACAACAUAAAAACGAAUAGGAAAUCCGAUUUUUUUUAAUCUGGCUUACGAAAUGAGAUUAAUAUUACCACUUUUACGCCCAAAUAUUAAUCAAGUUAUCCAAAAAACACCGAUCUCAAAUUUCAAAUUAAAUAUAAUUUGUAAUUUAUCAUUAAAUAAACAUUUUGUUACUUUAUAAUUCAAUUUUAUUUUAUAUUUCAUUGAAAAUUAUUAAAGUAUGCUGUUUUCACAAAACAUAUUGUAGAUACAUCAAUCAGUUAACCAAGUAAAAUUAUUUUAGUUUUAUUUUUUCAAGUGUACCGUCAAAUUACAUCGUCAAUUAACCAAGUAAAUUUUUUUAAAAAUUUUAAUUUAAUUCUAUGUUUUUAGGUGUACCGCAAAAUUUUUAAAUUACGAAAAGUUUACUUUGACGGAAAAAGAGGCUGAGAAUCAUUGAUGUAAUACAUUAAUAUAAAUGAAUUAAAAUGCAUACAGAAUUUUUUUAAAAAAAUUAGCGAAUGCUGAAGGAAAAGUAGGUAUUUAUUUAAAUCAUCAAGUUUUUCAAUGAAACUACAAUGGACCAUUUUUAGCCGAAUAAUUUAGUAUAAAAAUUAUUAUCAUUACAGAGUGUAAAUUAGAUGAUAAAGUUACUGACUUCAAUAAAUAUAUUAUGGAGUCAAAACCUGAGUGAAUGAUAGUCUAGAGUUCAAGGAAAAUUAUCGUUCAAUUUAGAAUGCUUGCUUCUUAGUUCAGCAUUAAGAAGGAUAAUGUUUAAAAAUUCUGAGAUUUUUGUUUGUAUUUCGCUUAUUUUGUUUGUAUUUUAUACAGCUUCCCAACAAAAAUAUUACUUUUUGAAAAAUGUUUUUAGCGCGGCUUUCGUUAUUUUUAUAUUUCAAAACAGUAUUUUCCCUUUGGCUCAUCCAGAGCAGCCAGUGAAUUUAAAACAGAUUAAUCCACAUCGAACUUCAUCCUGUAUUUUUUAACAUAUUAUAAAGCCUCAUAGCUGACUUCCGUAUCUAUUUCGCUCUCAGAACUGGAUGAUUCUGCAUCCAUUUUCUUUACACCAUAAGUUUUUUCAGUGAUUUCAGACUCACAGAUUUAAUUUGGAAAUCGCAGUUGCGUAAUAUAUUACUAGAAUUUCUUUCCAUCUCUAUAUAUACCACACCUGUCAAGCUGCGUAUCGUUUUAGAAAAUAUUAAAUUUUAUGAAACGUUAUUAAGAAAUCAGUCGCUUAAUCGGAGAUAAUUUGAUAGUGUUUUUUAUAUGUUUCAGGCUAGACCAAUGAAAGUAUGCGUUAAAUCAAGCAUGUCGAGCUUAUGCUGUAUAUAGAAUUCCUUCUGCUUGUAGUUUUAACACACUAUUUUACCCGACUUUCUUGAUUAAGUUUGAACUCAGUCGAUGUUACUUUAUUCAAUGCUCUGUUUGGAGACUAUUGUUGUAUAAAACAUCACCGGAGCCAUUAUUUUUCCUGUUGUAAUAAGCUUUUGUGCUUCACGUUAUCGAGUUAUUUAUCAAGUUAUCAACAAUUCUAGAACUUUAUUUAAUGUGACAUUAAAUUAUUCACACACGAGUGUGCGAAGCAGCGGAAUUCACCUAGAAAGUGCUUCAGUUCUCUCUGGCAUGUACUAAGGCUUUUGUUUGAAACGAAAAAGUACCAAAUCUAGAUUUUGGUGUCGUUCGUUUGGAAUUAAGCCCUGAUCUGAAAACCGUAACCACCCCCAUAGACCAUGUCAUAUUAUGUUUCUUUUGAUUCCUAGCUGCCAGAUUUAAUCGACAAUAAUUCGAAAUAUAGAGGUUCAUGCAUUAUAUGUAAUCGACAUCGAGCUUUAUAUAUAUAUAGUUUGUUAAGUGUAACGUAUUAUUCUUUAUAAUCAUAUUUUGUAAUAAAUACAUGUUUUGUUAAAUAUUAUGUAUUGUUUCUUAUAAUCAUAAUUUUUAAUAAAUUCUAGUCCCUUCUCAAGCUUAAGCAGUUUGUUAAUCACAGUUUGUCUGUGACUGUGUGUAAUUCCAUAGCAAAAAGAUGAUAUUACUAGUAUGAAGCCAUAGUUUGAUGUUCUUGAAAAAAUAUCCUUUAAUAAUCCUAAUAUUUUCCUACGCUGGUUUUCGACUUUGUUACUUUUUAAUUUCUAUUUCACAUAUUAAUUAAAAAAUCACAUUUAAAUCUAGAAUCCAGUAUUCUGAUAAGAAAACUAUAAGAGAAUUAAAGGAAACAAUUCUUCCGUUAACUAUUUAUUUAAAUGUUGGUAACAUUAAUUCUGUAACAUUCCUCCGCAGUGUAUCAAAAAUGUUAUGUAAUUUUAUAAAAUAGUACUUAGUGGAAGUGCCAGAAACUAAAUCAUGUAAAUUCAUUUGCAUUUUAUUAUAUUGGUUUGUAAAUUCAUAAUAUAGUACUUAGUGGAAGCGAUUACUGUAUUGUCUCAUUUUUCUCAUAAUCCGAUUUUCUCUCUGUGUCCGGGACUGCUAACUUCAAAUCUGCUGUCUACUUUCAAUUUGGAAGGAUUAUUCUGGUAGUCUGACAAGUUAUGUCUGCAUUGUAAUACACUGCUGUGAUUUACCAGAAUCCUAUCCAAGCGAAUGUAACAUCGGUGCUAGUUCCGAAUAUUGUCCUUAAAACACAAGCCAUUUUGGAAUAUUACUGUAUCUGUGAUAAUGUUUGAAAUGCAUUUUCUUACUCUGUCAGUUGUAAUAAAGUAGCAUGUGUAAGAUAAA